GGGCCUGCGCCCGAGCGCGGUGACAGCGGGGCCGAGCGGGGCUGCAGCCAUGGCCCGGGGCCCCCCUGUGCCCCCCCCGCGCCCCUGAUCCCCCUGGGCCCGGUGCCCCCCCCACGGCGCCAUGACCUGGGUCUGCCUCUCCUGCAUGCUCUGGCCCGAGGACCUGGAGGCGCCAGGAGCCGCUCACACCUUCAAGGUCCGGAGCUUCAAGAAGGUGCAGCCGUGCGGGAUCUGCCGCCAGGCCAUCACGCGGGAGGGCAGCACCUGUCGGGGCUGCAAGCUCUGCUGCCACAGGAAAUGCGAGCACAAGGCUGCCACGCCUUGCUCGCCGCCCGUCACCCAUGAGCCGCCGGCCAACGGGGACAGCACCCCCAAGCAUGUAGACGCCCUGGACUCAACAAAGUCCCCCCGGAGCACCCAGCCGCGCCGCAGGGCUUCCAGGAGCCUGAGCACGCCGGACGCCAUGGCGGAGCGCUGCGAGCUGGACCUGCUGUAUGUGACCGAGCGCGUCCUUGCCGUGUGCUACCCCCGCGCCGACGACGAGGGCACUUUCCGCGCCAACCUGGCCCGUGUCGCACACAUGCUGCGCUCCAAGCACGGCCACAGCUACCUGCUGUUCAACCUGUCGGAGCGGCGCCACGACAUCAGCCAGCUGCACGCCAAGGUGCUGGAUUUCGGCUGGCCUGACCUGCACACGCCGGCGCUGGAGAAGAUCUGCAGCAUCUGCAAGGCCAUGGACACGUGGCUGAGCGCUGACCCGCGCCACGUCGUCGUGCUGCACAACCGGGGCAACCGGGGCCGGCUCGGCGUGGUGGUGGCCGCCUACAUGCACUACAGCAACAUCUCGGCCAGCGCGGACCAGGCCCUGGACAGGUUUGCCAUGAAGAGGUUCUACGAGGACAAGGUGGAGCCGGCAGCCCAGCCCUCCCAGAAGCGGUACAUUGACUACUUCAGUGGGCUGCUGACCGGCGCCAUCAAGAUGAACAACAAGCCUCUCUUCUUGCACCACGUCAUCAUGCACGGCAUCCCCAACUUCGAGUCCAAAGGCGGUUGCCGCCCCUUCCUCAAGAUCUACCAGGCCAUGCAGCCCGUCUACACCUCCGGCAUCUACAACGUGCAGGGGGACAGCCAGACCAGCAUCUGCAUCACCAUUGAGCCCGGCCUGCUCCUGAAGGGCGACAUCCUGCUGAAAUGCUACCACAAGAAGUUUCGCAGCCCAACGCGGGACGUCAUCUUCCGCGUGCAGUUCCACACCUGCGCCAUCCACGACCUGGCCGUCGUCUUCGGCAAGGACGACCUGGACGAGGCCUUUCGAGACAACCGGUUCCCGGAGUACGGGAAGGUGGAGUUCGUCUUCUCCUACGGCCCGGAGAAGAUCCAAGGCAUGGAGCACCUGGAGAACGGCCCCAGUGUCUCGGUGGACUACAACACCUCGGACCCCCUCAUCCGCUGGGACUCCUACGAGAACUUCAACGUCCGGCGCGAGGACAGCACGGAGGAGGUGGGGCACACGCAGGGGCCGCUGGAUGGGAGCCUGUAUGCCAAGGUGAAGAAGAAGGACUCGCUGCACGGCAGCACCGGGGCGGUGAACGCCGCGCGGGCCCCGCUACCGGCCGGACCCAACCACGUGGAGCACACGCUGUCCGUCAGCAGCGACUCGGGCAACUCCACCGCCUCCGCCAAGACCGACCGCACGGAUGAGCCGGCGUCUGCAGGCAACCCGGUGCUGACGCCCGAGGAGAAACAGGAGCUGGACCGCUUGCUGAGCGGCUUCGGCGUGGACGGCCACGGCGCCAUGCACAACCGCGGCCCCGUCGGGCGCCACGUGGUGCCCGCCCAGGUGCACGUCAAUGGCCGCACCGCACCUUUAGUGGCCGAGCGGGAGACCGAUAUCCUGGACGACGACCUGCCCAACCAGGACGGGCACAGCGUGGGCAGCCUGGGCACGCUGUCCUCGCUGGACGGGGCCACCAAUGCCAGUGAGACCGGCUACGCCGAAGGCCUGCGGAUGGAGAGCUUGGCCAACGGCCCCGGCGGCUGCAACGGCGUGGACAGGGCCGCGUAUGAGGCCGAGCCGAUGCUCAACGGCGGGUACCCCUACGACAACUACAAUACGGGCAGGGGCGGCUUGAAGCACCUGCCGGGCCCCCUGCGCCCAUCCGUGUCGGCGCAGGACAGCCUGGCCGACUACCAGCUGCAGGCUGGCUCGCCCCUGCCCGCCUGGCUGCAGCCCCAGGCGCUGGCCGCCGGCGCCGACGCCAUGUACCGCUCGCAGUCCUUCCCCGCCGCGGAGGCCGGCGUCCAGCUGCCCCCGGCGCCGGCCCGGAGCACCAGCAGCCGCGAGGCCGUGCAGCGAGGGCUCAGCUCCUGGCAGCAGCAAGGCGGCAGCCGGCCGCCCUCCCGCCAGCAAGACGGCUUCCCGGAGAGCCACAGCCCCAGCGCGUCCAGCGCCAGCCCGCAGCCCAGCCCCUCGCGGGCCGCGCCGUCCCCAGGCCACGGCCUCCCCGAGUUCCCGCGCGCGGCCUCGCAGCGGGAGAUCGAGCAGUCCAUCGAGGCCCUCAACAUGCUCAUGCUGGACCUGGACCCGGCCGGCGCCGGCCUGCGCAAGUCCCACAGUGCCCCCGGCGCCCCCCGGGAGGAGCGGCCCAGCCCCGUGGCCUCCUCGCUGUCGGCUCAGCCCAUGGCCAGUCUCCGUGGCCCUCAGGUGACGCAGCCGCGGCCCAGCCACAUCUAUGUGCCGAGCCGUGGCGCCGGGGAGCCUGAGCCCGGCUGGCUGGAUUACCGCGAAGCCUACUCGCCGUAUAUCUACCAGCCAGCGCCGGAUGAACGGCGCCACGGCCACGCGCCCGGAAGCCCCCCGGUCUCUUCUGGCUCUGAGGGGUCCCCGCCGCCCGUGGCCGCCUCGGCCUCGCAAGCCGAGAGCUACAAGGAGCCGGCGAGACCCGCUGAGGCUGAGCCCUUGAACUUGGAAGGGCUGGUCGCGCACAGGGUGGCAGGGGUCCAAGCCCGGGACAAGCCCCCCGAUGACGCCGCAGCCCCGGCCCGGAGACGAACGACCAGCGAGGGCCAAUACGAGAGCGGGGCCUGGGACGCCAGCCCGGCGCGGAGCCCCACGGCCCGGUCUCCCGUCCACUGCGUCUCGCCGGAGGUGGUCAGCACCAUCGCUGCCAACCCGGGAGGAAGGCCCAGAGAGCCUCACCUCCACAGCUACAAGGAAGCCUUCGAAGAGAUGGAGGGGACGUCCCCAAGCAGCCCACCCCCCGGCGGCGUGCGCUCCCCGCCCGGCCUGGCCAAGACCCCGCUCUCCGCCCUGGGCCUCAAGCCGCACAACCCCGCGGAGAUCCUGCUCCAGCAGACGGGAGAACCCAGGAGCUACGUGGAGUCGGUGGCGCGGACGGCGACGACGGGUGGUGGGGGGACGCCCCCCAGCCCACCGGCCCCGCAGGGCUACGACGCGGACGCGCCGGUGAGGAACGGGACCUUCGCCGGCGCCUUUGCUGCCCCCAGCCCCCUUUCGACCAGCAGCCCCAUUCACAGCGUGGACGGGGUCUCCGUCCUCAGCUACCCCUCGGAGAGCAGCGUCCAGGGCCCGGCGACCUCCCUGCAGCCCUCGCCCGACUCCAGCUUCCUCGCGGCCGCCGCGUCGCAGGCCCCGUCGGCUCAGAGCAGCUACCAGAACGCCUCUCCGUCCUCCUUCGCCGUCGACUACCCCGCCGGGCGAGCCGCCACGCCGCCCGAGGCCCGGGCGCGGGCACCGGCCCAGGUGAGCGUGGCGGGCGUCCACGUGCUGCCCGGGAGCCCUCGUGCCCUGCACAGGACCGUGGCCACCAACACGCCUCCCAGCCCCGGCUUCGGGCGGCGAGCCCUCAACUCCGGCGUGGCGGGCGCGCCCGGGAGCCCGGGGCUGGGCCGACACGCCGCGGGCCCCCAGGGCAGCCCCAGCCUGGCCCGGCACCCCACCGGCAGCCCCGGCUUGGAGCGGCACGUGAUGUACGGCUACGGGACCCCCGAGGAGCGGUGCCCCACGCUGUCCCGGCAGAGCAGCGCCUCGGGGCUGCAGGGGCCCUCCACGCCCUCCUUCCCCGUAUCGCCAGCCUACUACCCCGGCCUGAGCAGCCCGCAGUCCUCCAGCCCGGACUCGGGCACCUACCGGCAGGGCAGCCCCACGCCGCAGCCCGUGCUGCCCGAGAAGCGGAGGAUGUCGGCGGGCGACCGUGCCCACAGCUUGCCCAGCUACGCCACGGUCAACGGCAAGACAUCCUCGCCCGUGUCCAGCGGCAUGUCCAGCCCUGGGGGCGGGAGCACCGUGGCCUUCCCCCACACCCUGCCGGACUUCUCCAAGCUCUCCAUGCUAGAUAGCAGCCCCGAGACCCGGGCGAACGUCAAGUUUGUGCAGGACACCUCCAAGUACUGGUACAAGCCGGAGAUUUCCAGGGAACAGGCCAUCACACUGCUGAAAGACCGGGAGCCUGGCACCUUCAUCAUCAGAGACAGCCACUCCUUCCGCGGGGCCUACGGGCUGGCCAUGAAGGUGGCGUCGCCUCCGCCCACCGUGGUGCAGCAGAGUAAGAAAGGAGACAUCACUAACGAGCUGGUGCGGCAUUUCCUGAUCGAGACCAGCCCGCGGGGCGUCAAGCUCAAAGGCUGCCCCAACGAGCCCAACUUCGGUUGCCUGUCAGCCCUGGUGUACCAGCACUCCAUCACGCCGCUGGCGCUGCCCUGCAAGCUCGUCAUCCCCGACCGAGACCCCACCGAGGAGACGAAGGAGGCAGCAUCCACCGCCAGCUCGGCCACCGAUCUGCUCAAGCAGGGUGCAGCCUGCAACGUGCUCUUCAUCAACUCGGUGGAGAUGGAGUCGCUGACGGGCCCCCAGGCCAUCGCCAAGGCCAUCGGCGAGACGCUGACCGCCGAGCCCGCACCCGCCGCCACCAUUGUGCACUUCAAGGUCUCCGCGCAGGGGAUCACCCUCACGGACAACCAGCGGAAGCUCUUCUUCAGACGACACUACCCCCUCACCACCGUCACCUUCUGCGACUUGGACCCGCAGGAGCGGAAAUGGGCUAAGUCGGAGGGCAGCGGGCCUGCAAAGCUCUUUGGCUUCGUGGCCAGGAAACAAGGCAGCACCACGGACAACGUGUGCCACCUCUUUGCUGAGCUGGACCCCGACCAGCCGGCGGCCGCCAUCGUCAACUUCGUCUCGCGGGUGAUGGUCAGCUCGGGCCAGAAGAGAUGAGCGGGCGCCCCCGGGCGCUUCUCGCCCUUGAAUUUUGGAGAAGGACUUGGAGCGGAGCCGAGAAGGAGCGCGAGGAAGUGCAUUGUGGGAGAGGGAAGUGAGUUUAGGGGGAGGGAGAGGAAGGUCGGACACGUGGAAGGAGCAUGAACCGCCACAGACGAGCACCCAGCACGCCAUGCCAGCCCCGGCCCCAUCACAAGCCACGUGACCAAAGCAGGACCAGGGCAGCUUUGGGAUCCGUGGCCCCGAAGCUGGUCCUGGCGACCCGUUGCCCUCCCCACCGCUACCCCGGCUCAGGGCAGAAGGGGGCAUUGAUGCCACCGAAACCAACUCCACGUAGAAGCAUCCGUCCUUCGUAUCCACGGACUGGUAGGAAGUGGCCCGUGUUUAGGGGCGGCCGAAGCCACGCAGCCACACGUGGCCACCCUCUGGGCCCUUUGCUCCCCCUCCCCCUGCCUCCGUGCCCUUGCCGUGUGUGCGUGCGCGUGUUGCUAGAUGCACCCUUAGCCUCUGGACGGGUCCCCGGCGCCACGCCAGGGCCAGGUAGAGGGGUGGGGGUCCCUGAGCUACCUGCCCCAGUCACGCAGAGCCCGGGGCGCUCUGAUCUCGGGGGAAUCCCUGUUCGCACUAUGGGACCUAUGACACACAGGUGAGCCACUGGGAUUCCUCCCGGGACGCGGACCACACCAACACCGCCUUGCACACGCAUGGCGGGGGAGCAGGGCUGCUCACACCCUGCUCCAAAGACACGGGACCUGGUCAGAAGCAGCUCCGGGGUUGUAUCCCGCGAGGCUGCCUGCCCCGUCCCCCUGGUCUUGCUGUGCAGGUCGUGCCCGUCACACGCCGGCACGGGUCCCUGUCCGGGUGGGAUCCUGCCUCUUUCUUUCCCAGCCUUGUCUCCCCUGCUCUCCUGGAUGUUGCAUGGCCCGUCAGCUGCAUGCAAGCAAACUCCCGUGAACCUUGGGCACGUUCUUUUUAGUUUCGGAGGCCACCACCCCUCGGUCUGGCGCAGAAAGGCCGCGUGUUGCAUAGCACGUGUGUGGGCACGCGACGGGGCGGGCACGCGACGGGGCGGGCACGCGACGGGGCAGCCACGAGCAUGCGGGUUCUGCAGAUACCGGGGUCCCUUCCUCUCCUGUCCUCAGAUCUGAUACUGUAUUUCCCCGCCUACCACGCGUCCUGCGAUAAGACCCGUGCCUUGUGUUUGAAAGGCAGGAGGAAGAAAGCGAGGUGCUCCCAUGCUGCGAGGGAGGGAGCGGGGGCCCCUCACUGUAGGGCAGCCUGGACUUCGCCUUUCCCUUGGCAAGCAGCUGAAACGGCACUUACUGUAUUUACUCGCCUAUAAUGCGCCUGCAUUAUAUGAAGAGAUAUGGCAUAAGAAGCUGCCCAUGCCAGGAGAGUUGAGCUGAGGCAAUCCUAUCAGGAUUUGGGUGGCCUGGCUGUGAGGAGGGCGCCGAGGGGUGAAGAGCUGGGGGGGGCUCUAGAAAGUCACAGGAUUUCCUUUCUGCCCUGGUGCCUGGUUGCACCCUUAGCCAGGUGCCUUCAUGGGGGGAACCGUAAAGGGCCAGCCUUGUUUGUGGGCAUCCAAGCCGAUGGCUCUGUUGGUUUUUAAUUCUGAAAUCUGGAACCCCAAAAGCCCCCCCAGGGCAUCUCCCCAGAGCCCUCCAGCCUGCGCUCACAGCCCCAGUUCAGUCCCACGAGCUGCAUUGUCACCAACCCCCCUUUGCAUGUACCAUGAUUAUAGACCCGCCGGAGCAGCUGGGGCAGGGACACGGCCAGGGAAAGGGCGGUGGGGACGUCAUUGGGACAACAUAAUGCAAGGCUUCGUGGUCCAGGCUGUGUGUUCACCUCCCGGAGACCCCCAGCCCCGGGCCCUCCACCUGAGCUCUGCUCCCUCUUCCAGAGAUGCGGCCCUGCUAUAUCUAAUAUAUAUAGGAGCUCUCCCGACAGGAUUACUGUAAGCUAAUCGCAAAAAUCUUUUCAAGGAAAGGUUAAAUUUCGACCGAAGAUAUUUAUUUUUCGCCCUGUUGCUUUCGGCGUAUCUUAUGUCCACUAUAUACAGCCCCCUGCGCCCUGUCUAGAGCCUCGUAUGUAUAGCGCCACGGAUAACAGCUGACCCCCCUCCCCUCCCUGACCCACCUCUUACAGACCCCAGCCUCCCCCUUCCCCUCCCCUUCGGCCUACAGGAACUCGUUAGCACCUAAAGCAAGCGAAGCAUGCAAAGUGCGUGAGCUGCAACCCCGUUGCCAUGUGACGCGAGGGCCGGUGGCGUGUGCGUGAGUGCGUGUGUGUGUGCAUGUGCGGGACGCGGCUGCGUGCGCGUCGAAGCCUUUGGUUGGUCUCGGGGAUGUGUUGAGAGACUGCUGCGUGGAUGGAAGCAUUGACGGGGGCUCCGCGCCCCCCGUCCCACCCUACGGUUGAGGCCUUUUUUUAUAGCAUUUAAGUUGCUUUCGACAAUAGAAACCUCCCUCCUUCUGCAGAAUUCGAGGCAGAUGGACCGCUCAGCCAUGACCUUCUCACCCUGCCAUUAACCGAUUAGAGAAACACUGUGUUUAUAGAGAUAUAAAGAUGAUAUAUUUUUGCAAGUCUCUAUUUUUCAGACUACAUUAUUAUUUUUUUUUUUUCCCUCACCGCUAAAACCAGUGUUGGGUAUUUUCUCUUUGAUUUCAAGCCGCUGGCCCGCUCUGCAAAAUGGGGGCUCGAACCCAAAACUCAGAGGGCAGCUCCCAUCAAAUUAACCCGGCGAUCUCGUGUAUAACCCCACCGCAGCCGAGACCCGACAGCGACAAAACACUUGCUUUCCGCUGUGACCUGCUCAUGGCUCAGAUACUAACUCACUCGCUGAAGACGGAAGAUUUAGACCCUGUCGAAAUCUCGAAUGCUAAGGUCGCCCGCAGAUUGUAUUUAUAACACAAAGCUAGUAAGGAACUAACCAGCUCUUUUUCCAGAUGUGUUUACUUUGGGUUGAAAGUUGCAUUUUCUGGGUAACUUUCUGGAUUCACCAAGUCAAAGCAUCAGUGGGCGCGUCUGCACGUUCAUUAAUGUGCUUUAAAUAAUGCGCAGUAAACCUAGUACUUCCGGGCAUGUCUAUACAUGCGCUUUAAUGCACUUUAGCCUAUUUUAAUGCACAUUAAAGUGUCACUGAAAAAAACGUGCUAUUUAGUUAAUGUGCAUUAAAAUAGGCUAAUGCGGAUUAAAGCACACAUGUAGACAUGCCCAGUAUAACUUUGCUGAUGUCCACCCAGCUACCACGCCGAUGUACUCCAGCUGACAGCCUGGCUUCACUGUCCAGGUUCAUUUUAUUGUGUUCGAAAGGGCCAGCGAAGGCGUUGGGUUGGUUUAUUUCGAUGCAGUCACCAUAUUUGAGAUGGACACAUAAUGCCAUUUAGCCCAGCAAAUGUUUUGUUGUAAUCUCACUGCCAUUUUUUUCCCCCCAGCAGUGGAUGUUAUAUCUUACACACACCCACACAUGUGUACACACACACACACACACACACACACACACACACACACCGACUUCAUGCACAAAGAACUGCAUAUAUUCUUGCCAAAGAUAGCCUUUGAAACGCACUUUCCCCCGAUCCUGCGUAUGUAUUAUUAUUUUUUGUUUCCUGUCUGUGCCUUUUUAUUUUAUUUUUUUUUUUAACGACCCUCUUUGCUGUCGAUUCUGGAGUAAGUGCCAGGCCACACGUUUGAAUUCAAGCUCAAUAGAAACCAGCUAGAAAAAUGUCCUGUGUUUUUCAAGUGCGUGUUUGUGCCUGGUUGGCCGUUUUCAUGCCUGGUUGGCCAUUUUCGUGCCUGGCUGGCCAUUUUUGUGCCUGGCUGGCCAUUUUAAUGCUGCAAUUAUUACUUUUCAUGUGUACCUGUUUAAAUGUGUGGUGCAGUUAACCAGUGAAUUACACGGUAAAUGUAAUGCGUGUGAAUGUCAGAAAGGCCCGGUUGAGGCGGACUGGCUGGAGCUCUCUCUUCCUGGCAAGUUGAAAGCGGGUACAUGAGAGCCUGGCGUCUUUAGCUGCAGACCGAGUGAUAAAAGCAACAGCUCAGUCAGUCUCUAACCUGUCUGGAUGUAAUAACCACAGAGACAAAGCACUUGGCCUCAGUUGCUUGUAUCUUAAUCCCUUCUCCAAGACAGAGGGAGAAGGUACUUUAGGAGAAGUCUUUCCAUCGUCUUCAAUGAGCACCGGGUCACGCUCUUCAACCUCCCUCCCAGUAUGUAUCAGCUGGACCCCUCCUCCUUGGUGCUGCCAUCCAGCCAUGUGCCUCACUCCCUAAUCAGGUGAUCCCAAUCCAGCCUUGAGCACGGGGGGAUGUUGGCUUCAUCUCUCCAGCUGCUCUAGUCGAAAUGUUGCCUUCAAACUCGUCUUCCCAGGUCUUUGGUCAGACUCAUCCCUGGCUGCUGCUCCGGCCCCUGCACGUCAUCGGGUCAGGGUGACCCAGACGGGGUCAGAGGGGCAGCUUUGGAUUCCAGGACCCCUGGGUCCCACCUGUCCUGCCGAUGCAUCCCGGGAGGGCCAACUAGUAAGCAGCGUGCCUCUCUAGACCUAGUACCUUUGAUUGUCCAGGGGUUGGGCUACCCACAGCAGUUGAGGGCAAAGGUCCCAUCACGUCUAGUGGUGGGUCUUCAAAUCUUGUCGUUAAAGUCCCCAAAGCACUUUUGCGAGGGCCUCAUUGGAAAGGCUCCGCAGGAACACAAAGCACUACCAUAAAGCAAAGCAAAACAACAAAUCCAGACAGCGAAAACAUGCUGAUUCAGCAGACAGAAAAACGAGACAGCAAAGGGGGUCGGGGUCUUUGUUUUGUUUCAAACUAGGUCUUCAUGGGGGUUUUUUUUGGGGGGGGUUCUUUAAAAGAAAAAAAAUCCUUGUUUUUUGCAGUAUUUCUUUCACUGUCCUGUCUCUCCCCUUGUUGUAUGUUGUCGUCAUCAUUUGGGGAAUGUUACAACGUUAUUUGCUAAUCAGUGUUAAUGAAGAGGUUAGAAAUGACUUUUUGGGGGUUUUUUUGUUUGGUUUGGGGUUAUUUUCACCAUGUCAAUUAAAAAAAAAAAAGUCAGAAACGUGCGCAAAAAAAAAGGGGGGGGGGAGGGGGAAAACUCCCUCACUUUUCCCGUUUCUGUGUAUUUAUAGAGAUGGAAAUAUCCUUUAUAUUUUGUAUCUUUGUGCCCAUACCUUUGUCACGUGUAUAAAGGCGACCCCGUUACCCGCCACCCGUGUGUGAAUGUGCAGAACUCCCCCCUUGGCUAUUCUCUUCCCUUUGUACAGAAGCCUGACUCUCUGCAGUUCAUUGUAUGGCUUUAUAAGUGAUAAAAGAAAAAAUAAAUCAAUUAUCUAAAGUAUACCGUUGCUUGGAAUGCCAGCUUGGAGUCCGGAGUGCUGGAAUUGUAUCUCGAAAUGUACGGGAACGCAGGAAUAAAUGCUCUGUUCUUUUUGCACAGGGAAA